AUGCUUGUCACCAACAAACAGUUGAAUCUUGGACGCUCCCACAGUUGGGACACGUUAGGAGGGAAUGAGGGUCAGUGGGAGAGGGCUGACAGUGUGUACGAGCAGCAGGCAAGAGUAGCAGGCCGGCGGAGCUCUCUGUCAUACGGAGAGGGAGGAGGUUGGUACGAACCUCCACCAGGGGUGCGUCCCCCUGACCUGGAUUUGAAACGCGACCCAUAUUCCUACCAAGACUCUCUCUACGGACAGGUUUACGCAGAGCGACACGACCCACGGGGGCUGAGGAAGGGCUCGGUGCCGGAUCUAAACCACUACGAACGAGCGCCCAUGGCUCACCGAGGAUCCAUUCCACCUCAGGAUUACUACUCCCAUGACCCGGCCAUGACUCCUCGGCCACCUGAGGGCUUUUACCGAUCUGAACACCAGCCGCCGCCGCCUCAUCCUCAUCCGCUCAGCAGGUCAGGCUCUCAUUUUGGGAUGGCACCAGGCGCUCGUGCUACAUGGGAUCAAAGUCAGGCGGGGAGGGCAGUACCUCCACCACCCUCAUCGCCUCUACCUCCCCCUCCCCCUCCUCCAACCGCCCAUGAGUUGAGUCGGGCUUACAGGGAACCUGGUGCUGUAAAUGUUGCCAAGAUGAUGCAAGAUGGCCAACAGCGAAUCCCGUCCCGAGACCCAUCUCCUUCCCACUAUGGUAUGGAGCACACAUCUCCUCGGUAUGCUAGUGAGCCUCCACCUCUGACCGGUCAGCCGGUCUAUACUGAUGUUAAUGGCCGACCGCUUGAUCCGCAGCAGCAGGCAGCUACCUGUCUAGUGGUAGAUCCAGCCACUCAAGGCAUGGUUAUGAGGCAAGAUACAGCCUCGCCGUACACCAUUCAACAACAGCAGCAGUUGCAACAGCAACAGCAAAUACAGCAGCAACAGUUACAGCAGCAGCAACAAUUGCAACAACAGCAACAACUUCAACAACAACAGAUACAACAGCAGCAACUCCAGCAGCAACAGUUACAACAGCAGCAGCUUCAGCAACAGCAAAUACAACAGCAACAACUUCAGCAACAGCAAUUACAACAGCAACAGCUUCAACAACAGCAGUUACAGCAACAGCAACUUCAGCAAGAACAGUUGCAGCUGCAACAGCAACAGCCCCUGCCACCUCCACCUACGAUGCCCCUCUCCGACCCGAACGCUAUGAUGGCGGCUCCACUUCCUGCUCCACCUGCUCCGGUGCAGACAGCAGCAGUUGUCCCAGCUGCACCUGCACCUGUACCUGUACAGGCUGCCCCAACCACUGCCCCACCUCCCCCACCUACUCCACUUCCUGCUCCACUUCCUGCUCCUCCCCCAACUGCCCCACCGACGCCUUUGCCUGUUGACCCCAAGAAGACAGCCGAUCCUGAGUUCCUUUCUCUGCUGCGAAAUGAGGGCCUUUCUGAGAGCACCAUCUCCUCCCUCAUCCAGCAGGGUUUUGACUCAACUAGCAUGCUGGCUGUAAUGGAGGAGAACGAUGUCCGCACCGUUGCCCCCAACCUUGGCCAGGCUCGGGUCCUGUCUCGCUUGGUCCACAACUGCAAGCGACCCAUUGAGGCCACGCCAGCCCCCUCCCAACCCCAGACACCCAUGCGAGGCCGCUCCAAUAGCUUCAGCCACCGCUCGGACAUUUACCACCAGCAGCACCACCACCAUCCGCCACAUCCUCCACAGGCUUUAGCUGUGGAUCCCCAACUAAUGCCCCCACCGACACCUGGGGCAAUGCAAACCAUCUCCCCACGGAUGGGAGAAGUAAUGAGUAGGAGGCCCAGCAGUGCCCCUUCUCAGCACCUCCUUGAAGCCUCUGGUGGCUACCCAGGCCAACCACCUCGUUCCCCAGGGCCGUACGCUGGAGCCAUUAUGCCUGUUCAGUCAAGACCAAUGUCGGCCUACUCUUCUGGGAUGGCGAUGCCGGGGGUGCCUAUGCAGGGUAUGCAGAUAAUGCCCCAGCAGAUGACUGGGUCAAUGCCUGCAAUACCGGGAUCUAUUCAUUCCAUGCCAGGUAUGCCACAGCAGAUGCCUGUAUCCAUGCCAGCUUUGCAGCAGCCGCCACAACAGGUACCGAAAGCAUACUCUACCAAUUACACAGUGCCCAUGGAGCUGAUGAAGAGGGACAGAAACUUACUGCCAUUGUCGCCCAUGCAUAGCCCUCACCCUAGUCCUCAGCUGAUGCGUAAGGGUGGGGGACCUGCAUCAGACAAUGCCCUCGUCCCUGUGGGAGCGCCUGUUCAAGGCCAAGGUGCCCUGGCUGUAAACCAGAAGCUAAGUCGGCGCACAGGUCCACCAGUCAUCGUGUCCACUAUGGCGUCUCCAGACACAAGUAUUCGGCCCCAGAUUAUGAAUGGGCCUAUGCACCCGCGCCCCCUGGUGGCGCUGCUGGAUGGGCGCGACUGCACCGUGGAGAUGCCCAUCCUCAAAGAUCUGGCCACCGUGGCUUUCUGCGACGCCCAGUCCACGCAGGAGAUACACGAAAAGGUGCUGAACGAGGCCGUAGGGGCCAUGAUGUACCACACCAUCACCCUGACCAGAGAGGACUUGGAGAAGUUCAAGGCGCUGCGCAUCAUCAUACGCAUCGGCAGCGGUUACGACAACAUCGACAUCAAGGCUGCCGGCGAGCUCGGCAUCGCGGUGUGUAAUAUUCCCUCGGCAGCUGUAGAAGAAACAGCCGACUCAACACUUUGUCACAUCCUUAACCUGUACCGGCGAAACACCUGGCUGUACCAGGCUCUCCGGGAGGGCACGCGGGUCCAGAGCGUGGAGCAGAUCCGGGAGGUGGCGUCGGGAGCGGCCAGGAUCCGAGGAGAGACGCUGGGCCUCAUCGGGUUUGGUCGCUCAGGCCAGGCGGUGGCCAUGCGCGCCAAGGCGUUCGGCUUCAACGUGAUCUUCUACGACCCCUACCUCCAGGACGGCUUGGAGCGCUCGCUGGGAGUCCAGCGGGUCUACACGCUCCAGGACCUGCUCUACCAGAGCGACUGCGUCUCCCUGCACUGCAACCUGAACGAACACAACCACCACCUCAUCAACGACUUCACCAUCAAACAGAUGCGUCAAGGUGCUUUCCUGGUCAACUCUGCACGGGGAGGUCUAGUGGAUGAGAAAGCUUUGGCUCAGGCCCUGAAAGAAGGCAGAAUACGGGGCGCCGCCUUGGACGUCCACGAGUCGGAGCCCUUCAGUUUUUCCCAAGGUCCUCUGAAAGACGCCCCCAACCUGAUCUGCACGCCCCACACCGCCUGGUACAGCGAGCAGGCGUCGCUGGAGAUGAGGGAGGCGGCUGCCACAGAAAUCCGCCGAGCCAUCACUGGCCGUAUUCCUGACAGCCUUCGAAACUGCGUCAACAAAGAGUUCUUUGUUACGACGGCGCCCUGGGGAGUGAUAGAGCAGCAGCAGCCUCAAGUUCACCCUGAGAUCAAUGGUGCCGCCUACAGAUUCCCUCCUGGCGUGGUGGGCGUUGCCCCCGGUGGGAUUCCCGGACCUAUGGAGGGGUUGGUGCCCGGGGGAGUGCCCAUCGCCCACACCCUGCCCCCCGGUACCCAUCCGUCACAGGCCACCUCCCCCAACCAACCCUCCAAACACGGCGACCCCAUGAGAGAGCACAUGACUGAGCCGUAGGACUGCUGCCGCUGUAGCCGAGCAGAGGGGGGGAGGGGCAAAACAAAAAAUCCAUGUAAAAGAAAAAAAGAGAGAAAAAAAAAUAACAAAAACCCAGCAAACCUACCAACUCAAUCAUCCAACUGUACGCUUGACUUCAGCCAUCUGAACCUACCAGCAGACUGCCUGCCGGGCAACGUUUCACACGUUUUCUUUUUUGUAUGAAACCACUACGCCCCAGUGAGGACAGUGGACGUUACUGAGACACACCCGAGCUGCCACACUGAGACGGGACUGACCGUCGAACUCAUGCGCCGAAGAUCUGAAAUGUCUCCUCCCUCCAUAUCUGUUUUUGUUCUUCAUCGAUUUAAGUGUUCUGUUUUGAUCUUUACUUCCGAGUACAUUUCAGGGAGAGUUCCUCCUGAUUUCUGGGACACGUCGACAGUAACCGCGUGCAGGACGGAAACCUUGACCCUCUCCGGUUUAAAGGAAGACCUAACAGGACGACCCUUUAAGCCUCCCCUCUUUGAAUUCCACCCAUUUCAGCACAAACAUGUCCCGUUCUAUAUUGUUUUUUUUUUUUUUUUACUUUCUUCUGUUUAUCCUUUAUUCUGUGUUUCUGUUGCAAGUGAAUAUUUGUUUUUCUGUUCUUCAGUGUGUGAAAAUGAAUGGAUUUACAGUUAGAGGUGCGUUUAGCGGACGAGAAAGUACCCGUCAGACAUCCGGACUCCAUCUUUUGCUGUUUUUCCGGUCGUCGAUGCCCCCUCUGAAUGUAGAGACGAGAAGCGGGGCGAUAGAUGUGGAAGAAUAUUUUGGCUUAUGAGGUAAAAAAAUAAGAAAACAACCCUUUUGAAACCAAAAAAAAACAAAACAAUGGAACUUAAAAGUUAAAAAAAAGAGGCUACCAUUCGUGGUUAGAUAUCGUACGUUGAGUGUUUCACCUCAAUUACAUGUUGCUGUCGUAACUUUCCCAACUCUGCUGAACUGAGGUACCUACGAGAUUUGGUUAUUGUCAUGACCAGUGUCCCAAAUAUGAUCUGUUUGCAUCCAAAGGACCUGAAGGACAAAUGAGGUAUGAAAGUGUUUGGGAAAAAAAACUGACUCAGGAAAAAAAACAAAACAAAAAAAAAGAAAUAUUAACCUUCGAAUCUGUCCAAAUCUGAACAGGAAAGAAAAACACCAACUCUGGAUUUACUGCUUUCCACGUCUCCACAUCUUUCUCCAUUGUGGUAUUUUUUUGUUUUUUUAUAUAUAUCAAAUGUACAUUUUUUUUGAUGUUCGAGGUUUUCACUCCUGUUAGAUUUGUAUUGCCUUGUUAAAUGUUCAUAUAACCGUAGUCUUAUGUGACCGACCCUCCGCCCUCUCCUUCUUAUAGUUUCUUCUUCUUCUUCUUCGUUUUUUUUUUUUGUUUGUUUCGUUUCGUUUUGGGUUUUUUUCUGCUCUAAUGAAAGCCAGCUGUGGCUCUUGGAGGCAUGGCGUCCUCCCUGAACAGCAGCAGUCACAUCCAUCCCUUUAGCCCCAUGACGUUAGCAAGAGACGGCUGCUAGCAGAUUGUUUGGUUUUUAGUGUGAGUAUUUGUAUUUGUUUCUUGUACAAGGUGAACAUAUAGCAUACAGUGCAGCUGGAACCAAUAAAUAAAACUUACUGUUCUGAUUGAU